UGAGGGAUCAUCACGCUCUGAUGUGCCGAUGCAUAUAGAUCAAGCAGAUGAUAUUGAUUUUUCGAACGGUCAUUACCUCUAUGAUGAUUGCAGAUUGCAUGAGUACAUCGAAGAUUGUCAACAGUUUGAGUAUACCGUGCCGGUCGAGAUGCAUCAUAUGGAACAACGUCGUCAUCAGUCGAAUGCUGUAGUGCGGUAUGGUGUAGUAGGUAAGGUUCCAAAUGAUUAUGCCUUAAGGGAAGCAUUUGGUAGGUUCCUUACGGACAACGAAGGACUUCGUUGGACUCAGGAUGAGUUGUUGGAUAUGUUGAAGAAGAAGGAGGUGGAACUGAAUGUCGUUAAGAGUGCGUUGGCGAGCAUUGAGCUCAACGCAAAGUCAGUCAUCGAAAAAUUCCUUCAAAAGGAACGAAACAAUGAGGUAAGGGAUUCCUCUGUGCCCGAUAGUGUGCAUGACAAACAAGAGGCAAAACUUGACAUGGACAUGGAGAUGGGGAUUCGUUCUCGAAUGCGGUCCAAGAUUCGAGAUGAUUUGAUUGAUGAGAUUGCUAAGCUUAGCACCCAAGUUUAUCCCUAUCUGCUGGAAGAGUGUGAUGGUUUGCGUCGGCGACUUGAAAAGGCCGAAUGUGAAUUGAGGAGAUUGGUGUCCUGUCGUGGCCUCGCAGUGGCAGAUCCAUCUUCUAAAAAUUCAGUCUUCGAGUUUCCAUCAGAUGAAACUCUGAAGGCUCUUCCGAAAAGACAUCUGAUUGCGAUGUUACAUUCACUUCGAACUGUUGGUUCUGAGCUGGCGCAUAUAAAUGCAAUGUUGGAGGUCCAAAAUGCCAUGAAGUUUCCUGUGAGCGACAACCAGAUGAGGGCAACAGUAGUUAAUCUUGGCCAAUUGUAUAAGGAGGCACGCGAAGAGUUGAUGGAUGCUGUGUUUGUGGACAAAUUCGGUGACCGGUGGGAUUACCACUCCAAGUUUUAUUGGGCUCAACGUCACAAUGAGCAGGUGUACCAGCUUAGGAAAUUGCUUGCCGACGUCGUGCUAACUCAUUCGCCAAAACAAUUUAUGGAGGAGUUGAGCAAUGUGAAGAAAAAGUUGAAUGUUCUUGCAAGCAUGAAUAAAGAACAUGAAAAAAAACUCAAUGAGACUGUGAUUGCAUUGGUGGAAUCUUUUAAUCGCCAAUGUCCUAGAUGUCGUCGAACAUAUUGGGCACGAUUGGACUUUACAAGGAUAAAUAAACUCUCGGUUGUUAAACCGAAAUGUGAUGGGAACACAAACAUUUAUCCCGAUGAACAUAGUCAGGUCAAUGAGGAUGAUGAAUUUGCGAUGGAAGAAAGGAGGAAGCGACUUCGCGAAUUGGCAGAGGAAGAUAAACAAGAGUGAAAGAGGAGGGAGUGUUGUGUUUGUGGACAAAUUCGGUGACCGGAUGGGAGACGAGAACAAGUUUUAUUUGGCUCAACGUCACAAUGAGCAUCUGUACCACCUCAGGAAGUUGCUUGGCGACAUCCUGAAAGCUCAUUCACCAAAACAUUUUAUGGAGGAGUUAAGCAAUGUGAAGAAGGAGUUGAAUGCUCUUGCGAGUAUGAAUAAAGAACAUGAAAAGAG